AUGACCAUCGAUGGAACCUGCAGCUAUGUUCCCCAGCAGCCAUGGAUAUUUUCAUCUUCUAUAAGAGAAAACAUCUUAUUCGGCUUACCAUAUGAAGCAGUCAGGUUUUCGGAAGCAGUUAGAGCAUCAGCACUUGAUACAGAUUUAGAAAUAUUACCACAUGGUGAAUGGACAUUGGUAGGUGAUAAUGGAGUAGCUUUGUCCGGUGGUCAGAAAGCAAGAGUGAACCUCGCAAGGGCGUUGUAUCGAAAUAGUGACAUUUAUCUACUAGAUGAUCCUCUAGCGGCAGUAGACACAAAAGUUGGAAAAUACAUAUUUCAAAAAUGUAUUCGUAAUACAUUAAAAUCGAAAAUUGUUAUUUUGGUUACACAUCAUGUUCAUUUUUUGCAAAGUGCAACAAAAAUCUUAUAUGUAGAUCAUGGAAAAAUUGUUGCUGAAGGCAAAUAUCAUGAAUUGAUUGAUAAAAAUGAAUUUUUCACCAAUUUUGUUACUGAGGUUCAGCAUCAAAAAUCGGUAGAAACAGUUUCCGAGUCAAAUGAUAAACUGAAAUACAGACAACUGAGUAGUCAACUGGAUUCUGUAGCUGACGACGAACAUGACAAUACAAAAGUAGCAUUAUUAAGCAGCAACUACGAAAAUCUUUGGAUUGCUGAUACGAUGAAAACACAUGAAAUACAAGAAGACGAAGCUAAGGUCAUUGGUGGUUUAAAUUCUAAAUUGUUCGUUAAAUAUUUCCAAGCUGGUACAGGUUAUUUGGGCAUGAUCGGUUUGCUUUGUCUAUUUACUUUGACAAUUGUUUUGUUACUUUUGAGUGAUUGGUGGUUAGCCAGAUGGGGAAAAGAACAAGGUAUUCGUAAAGGAUUAAACGAAGAAAUUUCAAAUUGUUCAUCCAAGGUUGAUCAAUUAAUAUCAAAUAUGUCAACAGUCGAAUGGAAUCACCGUCGAAAUAAUAAUUUUUAUGUUUAUUUGACAUUGAAUGUCGGACGUAUUAUAAAUCGUUUUUCCAAAGAUACAGAAAAUAUGGACGAACAAUUACCAAUGAAAUUGUUUAAUCUUUUCGAUACUCAAUGUACCAAACAAUUUGAAAAUUAUUUAAAUCAACAUACAAAACCAUACUGGCUAUUGAUGACAGUUGACCGAUGGAGUGGAAUUCGUUACGACUGGAUGUCAGCGGCAUUUGUUACAUUUUUAGUUGUAACAAGUCUUAUAUUUCAUAAAAGUUUACAAAGUGCAAAAAUAACUGUUGCUUUAGUUUAUUCAUUAACUUUAAUUGGCCAAUUCCAAUGGAUGAUUAGACUUGGGGUUGAAGUUAUGUUGCAGAUGAUUAGUGUGGAACGUAUUUCUGAAUAUUGUCAUUUACCAUUGGAAGAAGAACCUAACCAAAAACGUCAUCUGGAAAAACCCAAACCACACUGGCCUCAUAGUGGUGAAAUUUCAUUUCAAAAUCUUUCGUUUCGUUAUUCAGAACAGUCAUCAUGGAUAUUAGAUAAAAUUAAUAUACAAAUAAAACCAUCGGAAAAAGUGGGAAUUGUUGGUAGGACCGGAGCCGGAAAAAGUUCAAUUAUUCAAGCGUUAUUUCGAACGGCUGAAUUAGAUGGCAAAAUACUGAUCGAUGGUAUUGAUACACAGACGAUUUCAUUGUAUGAUUUAAGACGACGCUUAUCAAUUAUACCGCAGGAUCCAGUUUUAUUUGAUGAUACACUCCGAAAAAAUGUAGAUCCAUUUGGUGAGUUUUCAGAUGUAGAAAUAUGGAAUGCGUUAGAAGAAGUUCAAUUAAAAUUAUCAGUUAGUUCACUGCCAAAUGGCCUCCAGCAACAAGUCACUGAAGGCGGUUCAAAUUUUAGUGUUGGAGAACGUCAGUUAAUUUGCUUAGCACGGGCAUUGCUGCGAAAAAAUAAAAUUUUAGUCAUUGAUGAAGCAACAGCAAAUGUAGACAUGAGAACUGAUUAUUUGAUCCAACAAGCUUUACGUAAAAAAUUCAAAAAUUAUACUGUUCUGACCAUAGCACAUCGUCUUCGAACUGUCAUUGAUAAUGAUCGAAUAUUAGUACUAUCAAAUGGUCAAGUAAUUGAUUUCGAUCAUCCGUAUAUUUUACUUUCAAAUUCAAAUUCAUAUUUUUAUGAAAUGGUUCAACAAACACAAAAAAGUGAAAUACACCAUUUAAUGAAACAAGCUAAAAAAUAUUAUAAGAAAAAAGAUGUUCAGCAGCAAGAACAACAACAACUUGUUUUUGAAUCAACUCUCUAA